AUGGAUGAAUCAGACCUACAAAAGCUACCAUAUUUGCAAGCAAUUAUUAAAGAAACAUUUAGACUCUAUCCAGCUGGGGCAGUUCUAAUUCCCCAUGAAUCCAAAGAAGCAUGCAACGUUGGGGGCUUUCAUGUCCCCAUAGGAACACGAUUGUUAGUGAAUGUUUGGGCAAUUCAGAGGGACCCUAAAGUGGGGGAGCAGCCCUUGCAAUUCAAUCCUGAAUGGUUUUUGAAGAGUGAGAAUGAAAUUGAUGUUAAAGGGCAACAUUUUGAAUUGAUUCCAUUUGGGUCAGGUAGGAGAAUGUGCCCGAGCAUGUCUCUUGCACUGUGUGUGGUUUCAUAUACGUUGGCAUGCUUGCUUCAUAGCUUUGAAUGGAGUGUUCCACCGGGUAAUGUAAUUGAGAUGAAAGAGGGAUUUGGACUUACAAUGCCCAAGGCAGUUCCAUUGGAGGCUAUCAUUAAGCCUCGCCUUCCUCUUCAUCUUUACUAA